AUGCUUCGAAAGUAUUCAUUGUUUUACUCAUUCCGGAAUGCUUCUACAUUGUUAUCUUCUUUAGAUGGACUAACCAACCGAACAAAUGGAGAUAAGUUGCUGACCUACAGUGAACGAUUCUCCAAACUAUACGCCCAGACUGCACCAGAAACUAGGAAGGCUUUAUUCGUGAAUCUUGUCACGAACUAUGGAGUCAAUAAGGAAGCGUUAAAUCAUGCCAUCUCUCUGUAUUUGAAGAACGACCAAAUGUAUCCAGAAGUCAGAACAGCAGCAACAGCUACUUAUGUCAAUCUGAUAAAAGGUAUCGGAAAUUUGUCAGGAGGAGUUGCUCAAGUCUGUGAAAUGAGAGCGAACAUUUUGGCAUUGUUGAAACGGGAAACGGACAAAACAACUACCUCAUAUCUUCGACAUAUUGAACUAGCGACUCGAGAAGUUCUCACCUCAUGGUUUUGUCUUGGUAACUUAAAACUGGAAAGACUGACGUGGUCUUCUCCUGGAGAUAUUCUCCAAAAGGUAGCCGAGUAUGAAGCAGUGCACCCCGUGAGAGGACUAUCCGAUUUUCGAAAACGCCUCGGACCGUUGAGAAGAUGUUUCUACUUCUCUCACGAAGCUCUUCCGCGCAACCCACUCGUAAUGGUUCAUGUUGCAUUAGUUAGUGAAAUAGCCGAUAGUGUUCAAGAGAUCACCAAAAGAGGGGAUCCGACUGGGAAGGAAGAAGAUCAGACGACUUCUAUCUACUAUUCUAUCACUUCUACUCAAGCUGGUCUUUCUGGAAUUGAUUUGGGAAACAUGUUAAUCAAAAAAGUCGCCACACAACUUCAAAAAGACGUUCCCUCAGUGACAACUCAUUCAACCCUAUCACCAAUUCCUGGGUUUAGGCCUUGGCUUAUUAGGAAUUUGAAAGGAAAUUCAGAAUAUCCGUCGAUAAUGAAUGAAAAAGUGGUAGAAUGGAUGUCAGAGCUAUCUGGUAGAAAGAUGACCGAAACGGAAUCAACUGAAACUUUAUUGAAAGUGAUAAGCAACGAAAAGACUAAAAAAGAGCAGCUAAAUGCAAUUAAACACAUUCUAAUGUAUGCAUGUGCCCAUUAUCUAUGUAAAGCAAAAAGGAAUGGAAUGGCUUUGAAUUCUGUUGCGAACUUCCAUAUUCGUAAUGGCGCUGAACUGUAUCGAAUGAAUUGGAAUGGUGAUACGAGUCAUCGUGGAAUCAAUAAUAGUUUUGGCAUCAUGGUGAAUUAUCGAUACGACCUGGACAUGGUUCAUGAGAAUAGUGCCGCAUACACUGAAAGAAAACAAAUGAAGAUAAAUGAAAAUGUAUCCAAAUUUUUAUAG